GUGAUUUAAAGAAGAGCCCGUGCGCUCUCAACAUCCAAGACGAAAGGCGCACACGCCGGAGAGCAGCAGCUAUAUACCGGGGCUAAAAUUAGGGACGGAUAGUGCGUAUUUCCUCCGCUUCUUAUAAUUGGUCCAGCUUGCGCUGCCGUGAUAUUUAUAAGAUAAAGGUCUUCCACCACUCAUACUUUCUGCAUGAGUGUUAAACAUAGUGUAAAGAGCAGAGCAGAGUUGUAGUGCACUACAACCAAAGUUUCUCCGAGGGAUUGCAACAAAUCCCCGAUCUUUAAAGUUUGUUUUACCUUAACUGGGACGACUGGAAAUGGCUUUGAGUGGAACGAUUUUACCGUCUAUUUCCACAUUUUCGGCGCAGAAGGAAAAAUGCUGGGAGAACAGGUGGAAGGAUGAACUGGACAGGUCCAUGCAUCUCAGCUGCAUAGCUGACCUAUCUAACAUGGACAACCUCAACAGAAUAACAGACGACGAAGAUCUUGACAAGUACCUGGAUCUGGAGUUUAUACUGGCCAACACUGCAGGUUCUGACAAUCUCGGACUCGGCAUGGCAGGCGACUACAGAAUGCAAGAGUCCAGAAACAUGUACAACCCGACUACAUACUCGGUGCCUGAGAUCAACCCAUCACCACCUCCACCAUACACCACCAGCCUCAUGGCAGAGCUUCUGCAGUCUGACAUUGACACCUACUGCCAACCGUCUCUCCAGGGAAGAUUCCUAGUCAGGCCUGCUUUCCCCACUCAGGACAUUUCGGAGUGUAUCAAAGUGGAGCCCUGCAUGGAUAGUUACGGACCUGUACGAGGAAUGGUUCCCAAAGUCAAACAAGAGGGCAACGGUGCAUGCAUGAGAUCCUAUGAGCAGCCAAGACUAGCCAACUCUCCCCAGGGAGCAGGCAGCAUGACUCCCCCACAGAGCCCUGCGGAGCUCAUCAACACAGACUGUCAGUCACACUCGCAGAUGUGCCAUGCCUUAACGUUCAGCCAGAGCUAUCAAGGCAACACAGGAUUUCCCCACGCAGCACCUCCACAGAUGCAGCUGCCUUACCAAAGCACACAUCACUUCAGCAUGUGCGACGAUGGGCUUGCAAUGCCCAACGCCAACCAAAGAGUACUUCUGACACCACCCUCAUCUCCUCUAGAGCUGGACGCCAAACCAAAGAGGGGGCGCCGCACGUGGCCGAGGAAACGCACGGCGACUCACACUUGCACUUUUUCUGGAUGUGGCAAAACUUACACAAAAAGUUCUCACUUGAAGGCUCAUCACAGAACACACACAGGCGAGAAGCCCUAUCAUUGCAGUUGGGAAGGCUGUGGGUGGAAGUUCGCCCGUUCUGAUGAAUUGACCCGUCACUUCCGCAAGCACACCGGACACCGACCCUUCCAGUGCCACCUGUGCGAACGUGCCUUCUCCAGGUCCGACCAUCUCGCCCUUCAUAUGAAACGUCAUAUGUAGGAACGGACUCUGGAAAAUGUGGACUAAACGCACUGAACAGUGAACAUUGUCUGUACCCCCCCCCCUCUUAUUUAAAGUAUGGUGAAGGGGAAACAUGAACUGACUUGACCUAUUGCUUGUAGCUGGUUCUACACUUCAAUUCUUUACAGAAUUUACAGAAACAAACUAUAUUUUUCGUUUCCAAAGAGCAAGUUCAACUCAUACUAUAGGCUGGACCUAAACCUCAAGACGGAACUGGAAUCAGACAGUAUAAUGUGCUUUAAGUUAACAUGAUGUGCUGCGGACAUCACGACAGUGCCUUUUAAUAUGCGUAUACAUCUCACGAGUGCCACGAAUACUGGCGUUUUUUUUAACGACAAAUGUAUGCUAUUGUGUCAAGAAACUAAAUAAGCUUUGUAAGACAAUGUUUUCCUCUUUCAAAACUGCCUUAAAAGUUAACAAAAGGGGCGUUAACUGAAUGUUUUAAGUAAUUUGUGCAUUUAUCGACAUAAACGUUUUUAUUUUUAAAAAUCAGGGUCUCAUGGUUUCGUUUUUUUUAAACGCAAUUUGUAUGCUGUUAACGUUGAAUUGCAGACUGUCCCAUGUUUGGAUGACAUGAUAAGGGCUAUGUGAGUUGUUCUGGACCAAAGCAUUUUAUGUACAUAAUUUAUACACUGUAUAUAUUGUACAUAUUAAACUUAAAUUGCGAUAUAAA